AAACGUGAAGGUUUCAUUUUAAAAACCACUCUUUCUUUAUUUUAAGUGAUAAACAGAAAACUCCUUGUGAACUGAAUAGUUGUUAAUAUCAAAAAAAGUUUUAUUAAGUUAUUUCAUUGCACCUAUUUAGCCACUUUAUUGGUGCUUUGUAGGUGAAUACUUUUCCAAAAACAGUUUUAAAAAAAUCUAGAAACUGUGCUUGUGAAAAUAGUGCUUUGCGAUAUGGAGCUAAGAUACGGAUGGGCCGUUAAUAAGGGUGUGAUAUCCUUAAUGGCAGUUGGGUUACUAAUGGUUUGCACUUCCACGUUGAUGUUUGUGCAUCAUCCGUUGCCCACCAUAGUGAAAAUGUUGUUUAAUUUCUCGGAAGGCAGCAUAUUUUUCAACAUCUGGUCCGCUCCACCCAUUGAUGUUUUUUUGAAAAUAUAUAUGUUUAAUGUUACAAAUCCUAAGGAGUUUUUGAGUGGCAAGGAGAAAAUGAAUGUUAGUGAAAUUGGACCGUAUGUUUAUAGGGAAGUUUUGACGAAUCAAAACGCAACCUUUAACGACACUGAUGGUACUGUAACGUACCAACCACACAGAGAGAUUAUUUUCGCCCCCGAAAAAUCCGUGGGCGAUCCUAAAGUGGAUCGCGUUUUAACAACAAAUAUAGCGUUAGUGGGUAUCCAAGCUUACUUUAAAGACCUGGGAUUCUUUGCUAGUUUGGGAUUCUCAGCCGCUGCUCGAUCGUUUGGUGCCGAGCCAAUAAUAAAUAUCACAAUCGACGAGUACUUGUGGGGCUACAACGACCCCCUAAUCACUUACGCCCACUCGAUACUGCCGUUUUGGAUUGACUUCGACAAGUUUGGAAUUUUCGCCACCAUGAUAAGCAGAGACAAUGGAAACACGCUGACAAUGGUGAGGGAUCCAUCAAAAUACCACUCACAAACCGAGUCUCUUUUAACGGAAGAAGAGCGUAAUUCCGAGUACCACUUGGUAAAGUGGAACAACUUGGCCGGGCUGACAGACUGGGGUUAUCAGCGACUUCCGAACAAAAGCCUUAAAAAAUGUCAGUUGAUUGAAGGUGCCUUUGAUGGUACCAUACUGCCUAAAAACUUGCGAGCCAACAGAAGUUUGACGGUGUUCCGAAAGGCUUUUUGUAGACCAGUUACUUUACAGUUCGUGCGGGACACUGUCGGCAAGCAGGGAUUACAGCAAUAUGAGUACAAGUUUGAUGAUAACAUGUUUGGCGUUGGCGAGACAAAUGAGUGCUUUUGCUACAAAAACAAGUGCGUCAAAGGCUUCCAGAGCAUCGCGCCUUGCUAUUAUGGAAUGCCUAUUACGCUUUCCCAGCCCCACUAUCUGAAUGCGGAUGAGGCAAUAUUAAAAACCGUCAACGGCAUGAAUCCCAAUGUUGAACAGCACGGCAGCAGUUGCAUCAUUCAGCCCUUAGUCGGAGCCCCAUUAAGUGGCAAUAUGAAGAUCCAAGUCAACAUAGAUGUAGGUCAAACGAUCGGAAACCAUAAAACCGUACCAUUCAACAAUAUGCAAGUUCCAUUGUUUUGGGUAGAAAUCACCACAGCCGAAAUGCCCACACUGAUGAUUAUAACGCUGCACAUGUUGUGCAACGCUUUACCGAUCAUUUUGGAAAUAAUCAAAUACCUGCUUGGGUUGGGUGGUUUAGCGAUGAUCUCGGGUUCAGCGCUCUACAUUUUGCUCAAAACUCCUGUUCGUAUCCCGGGUCGGAUCAGUUUCAGCAAUUCCGAAUACGUGCCAUUUCCCAUUAUUUCUAUACCAUCCGAUUUACUGGAUAAAUGCGAAAAGAGGAUGUCUCUCAAAUGAAUUCCAUGUGAUAUGUUUGCUGAGUGUGAGUAGGCCAAUCAGUUGUAGUGGGGUCUGUCUCCCUAAUCGCGCCCUAGUGGGUACAGUAGGGGCAUAGACGAACAGGAGAUUUUUCCAUUUAGAGGAUUUCACACUUUUCUUGUUACUUGUUGUUGACAUAAGCAAUCUAAAUAGACUGAUUUAAAUUAUUGUUAUUGUAGUAUAUUGGUUAGUGAGAAUAGUCGUAUGAAAAAUGUUGUUUUGGUUGUACCUAUAGUGAACAAUGUUGAAUGAAAACAUUUUAAGUAAA